UCCAAGCGCCUCGCCAUGUACACAACGUGCUUGAUAAUGUUCUUUAUAAAAAUGUCGAUGGAAUGUGAAGUGCCUACUUUCAACAACAACAUAAUACAAGUAACAGAUCAAGAUAUACAAGAUUUAAAUUACGGUGCAGUUCAACGAGUUUCAAGCAAAUUUAGUAUCCUUUUUCAAAAUACCGGCAUCGAGAUUAUAAGAGAAGGGGCCUUUUUGGAUCUUCUCAAACUUUACAAAAUAAUUUUCUGGAAUAACAAACUCUUCUGGAUUAGUGAGAAUGCAUUUCAAGAUUUGCCGUCCUUAACUGAAGUGAGGGUGGCGAUGAAUAACAUCACAGAUGUGUCGCCACGUGCUUUUAAUAAUCUUCCAAACUUAACAGAGGUGUCUCUUGCGGAAAACAAACUGGAAAACUUUGACCAAUCCUGGUUUUAUAAAACGCCGGUUCUUCAAGUCUUAAAUUUGAAAAAGAAUCGCUUGCGUAAAAUUCCGCGGGCUGCCUUUAUCAACCUUCCAUCUAUUAAGAUACUACGGUUGCAAAGAAAUAAAAUAGAAUUCAUCCAUAAAGACGCCUUUAUAGGCUUACGAAAUUUGAUAACUUUGUUUAUGGCUAAUAACAAAUUAAAAAGUUUUGACUUUAAUUUAUACACCUCUUCGAAAUCGGUUAGGGUUCUUAUUCCAAAUAAUAACAUAACGUACAUAUCGGAUGAAGUGUUAAACGCAAUAGGACCCCAAUUAUCGGAACUUGACAUAACCGAAAAUCCUUUGCAAUGCGCAUGCCUGGAUAAAAUAAUACAGUGGAGUGGUGCCUUUAAUAUAAACGUUCCACAGUGGAUAUUUCCCAAGGUCGGCGGUCCCGUUUGUAUAGUUCCAAAGACAAAACCAAGCGAGUGCCUCGCAAGAAGUGAUGAUGAUUUCCCAGAGGGAAUCUGGGAUAGUUUUGCACUCGAAUUCGCACGAGUGGUUUAAAAUUAAGGAUCAACCUAAUUACAAUAGCAUUGUUAUUUGUUAGUUUAAAAAAGUGCAAUUACGUUUUGCUAGUGUAGAUAAUAAAAGUUACUCAAAGAUC